CGCCAAUAUUGGUCCGAGAGAGCCAAACAUGACAGAGUAAUUGUUGUUGUCCUGUCGGCAAACUCUUGUAUUGUCUUCUCCUGUAGGACACUGAAUUGCCGCCUGACAAAAACAAAACUUAGUCCUGAGUCCUCCCCACAUAGGCCCUUCGAGAAAGCGCACCUCCAAUCCCAACUGCCUGCAAGAAAAGACCGGCUCUGAAUACCAACGGAUCGUGAACAGAUCGUGAGUCUCUGAGACCUGUGAAUUUUCGGACUAUAGGCAAACACCAGGACGUUAAAGAGCAAUUGAACGUAGUUCUAGUUUCGGGUGGGCGUAACAGCACCAAGUUCUGCAAGCGACAGAUCCGUACUAGAACGACCACCUUCCGCCUUUCCCGUCAUUCGACCCACCACACGGAGAAUAUGCCGGAAUUAUCAGUCGUGACAUCCCCGGCCUCACCUGGAGCUUCGAGUGCACAGAAGGAUGAGUCUGGACUUAUCCGAGUGCAACUCAUCCCUCACAGCGAUGUUGCCGGGCGACCCCCGAUCGGUGAUGUGAUUGAGCGCACCUUCAAAGAAGGCACACCGGUUCGGAUUGGUCGUCAGGUCCUUCGUGAUGGACAACCCGCUGUCGCAAAGGGUCAAAAGGCACCUCAAGAACAAGAUGUGUGGUUCUCGUCCAAAGUGGUUAGUAGAAACCACGCGGAGAUGUGGGUGAAAGACGGUCAGAUAUAUAUCAAAGACAUUGGGAGCUCGUCUGGUACUUUCUUGAACAAGAUGCGCUUAAGUCCUUCCGGGAAGGAAAGUCGCCCCUACCCGCUGAAGGAAGGCGAUCUAAUCCAGUUUGGAAUAGACUAUAAAGGGAAACCAGAUGACGUAUACAAAAGUAUCACUCUUCGCAUCGGAUUCUAUGAUCAAUCCUGGGUACAGGCACAGCGGAGGAAAGCAAACCCAGUGAGAUUCCGAACCGGUUUGAAAAUGCUGCUGGCCGCAGCCAAUCCAUUCGGAUCAAGCAACAGCGACUCUGAGAGCGAUAUUGCGGGGAGCACGGACUGCUGUAUUUGCAUUGGGGCAAUUGGGCCGUUCCAAGCCCUUUUUGUUGCGCCUUGCUCCCAUUGCUACCAUUAUAAAUGCGUGCAUGGACUUCUCGCGCAAUCGGCAAUGUUCCAAUGCCCUAUGUGUCGUCAAGUUGCGAACCUGGCAGCAAGCGUCAGCACCGAUAGCUUAUUUGGAUUGGAUGAGGAAGCCCAAUUGGAUGCGGCAAUGCAAGACGGCCCUACGCAUGACAUCUCUCCACCACUCAGUCCGCUGGAGGAGCCUGGAGACGAUGUCAGCGCAACCUACAAUGCCGAUAGUGCGAUAGCUUCCGCGGGAGCGGCGCCUCGCCUUGCCCGUUUGCAAUUGGAACAGAUUGGGACGGCGAGUGGAGACGCUACUCCUCGGAAUUACGAGCGGUCUGCGAGUGCCAGCAUCUCUCCCGAAUCAGAUGCCACAAGCACAACGACAGCUGGCACUAUACGAAACCCCGUCGAGCGCUUGAGGCAGCAAAGUAGCCCGACAUCCCCACCUCAAUCGGGUUCAGCUGGAACGCCAGCCACCUCGGCGGUUUCGGAGUAUGUGCCGCAGCCAUCUUCCGGCACAUCCACGCCGGAUCGGCCAAAUACUGCGUCACCAGAGAGACGUCAAGCCAAACGGCGGUCGAGCAGUCUCACAAGCAAGCUCAACGCGCUGCUCCGAAGAGGCGGGGAAAAGCCCACACUAGCGGUCUCGACAAAUGCCGCUGUAGGAGACACGAGCGCCUCGCAGGGAAGUGGAAUCUCACACCGCUCCGCGUCUCCGGCACCCACCUCUCCUCUUGCCUCCCACCCCUCCGAUAUCUACGACAGCGUCGCGCCAGUCGAUAAUGCUGACACCGAGUCCGAGGUGGUAUCUCCCCCAUUGACUGAAGCAGAGAUGAAGCGGAAUAUGACAGCAACCCCUCAUCCGCACGGGUUGGCUAUGCGAGCUGAGGAUGACGAUAUCAGUGCAGGGGCGCUUGAGGAUUGAUUCUCUGGGACAAAGUCAUGGGACCCCAUGAUGUGGUGGCGAAUCGUGGAAGUGACAAGCAGUUCCUCGUUAGUGUGAACGAGUUUUAGCCGUAUAGAACUCAACUGUGGAAAUCAUGAAUAGUAGGCGGUUUCUGUCUGGAAUCUGUGGGAACUGUGUGCCCGUUUCCAUGAGCUGUAUUUGCGCUUGCCUCGCCCAAUGCCGAGGUGUGCGAAUCUCAUCUCCUCUCCCGGCCCCAUGACGUGGGGCCACCCAAUGAACUUGACCAAAAUUGAGCGGGCUGCGUAGGACUGUUGCAUGUUUCUCGCCAUCUCCGCCAGGGAUGCCAGGGAUGCCAGGAA